CUUCGCGUUUCAACUGCUGGGUUCUUUUUGUCCCCUGCUGCGUGCAGUGUCAGUUUCCUUGCGGAAGUAGUGGCCGUGAGAGAAGAAGAUGGCGGCCACCGUAGUGGCGCCGACUGGUGCGGUAACCAGUCGGGCCAACAAACGCAGCGGCGGCGGGCAGGGAGGCGACAGCGGCGGUGGGGGGGCCAGAGGGGCGGAGGAGGAACCGCCACCGCCCCUACAAGCAGUCCUGGUGGCCGAUAGCUUCAACCGCCGCUUCUUCCCCAUCUCCAAGGACCAGCCUCGGGUCCUCUUGCCCCUGGCCAAUGUGGCAUUAAUUGACUACACUCUGGAAUUCCUGACUGCCACAGGUGUACAGGAAACCUUUGUCUUUUGUUGCUGGAAGGCUGCUCAAGUCAAAGAACAUUUACUGAAAUCCAAGUGGUGCCGCCCUACAUCCCUCAAUGUGGUUCGAAUAAUUACAUCAGAGCUAUAUCGAUCACUGGGAGAUGUCCUCCGUGAUGUCGAUGCCAAGGCCUUGGUGCGCUCUGACUUUCUUUUGGUGUAUGGGGAUGUCAUCUCAAACAUCAAUAUUACCAGAGCCCUUGAGGAACACAGGUUGAGGCGGAAGCUAGAGAAAAAUGUAUCUGUGAUGACAAUGAUCUUCAAGGAGUCGUCCCCCAGCCACCCGACUCGCUGCCAUGAGGACAAUGUGGUAGUGGCUGUGGAUAGUGCCACAAACCGGGUUCUCCAUUUCCAGAAAACUCAGGGCCUCCGGCGUUUUUCAUUUCCUCUGAGCCUGUUCAAGGGCAGUGGAGAUGGAGUGGAGAUUCGAUAUGAUCUACUGGAUUGUCAUAUCAGCAUCUGCUCUCCUCAGGUGGCUCAACUCUUUACCGACAACUUUGACUACCAAACUCGAGAUGAUUUUGUGCGAGGCCUGUUAGUGAAUGAGGAGAUCCUAGGGAACCAGAUUCACAUGCACUUAACAACUAGGGAAUAUGGUGCCCGGGUCUCCAACCUACACAUGUACUCGGCUGUCUGUGCUGAUGUCAUCCGCCGGUGGGUCUACCCUCUCACCCCAGAGGCAAACUUCACUGACAAUACUACCCGGAGCUGCACUCAUUCCAGGCACAACAUCUACCGAGGGCCUGAGGUCAGCCUGGGCCAUGGCAGCAUCCUGGAGGAAAAUGUGCUACUGGGCUCUGGCACUGUCAUUGGCAGCAAUUGCUCCAUCACCAACAGUGUCAUUGGCCCUGGCUGCCACAUUGGUGAUAACGUGGUGCUGGACCAGGCCUACCUGUGGCAGGGUGUUCGAGUGGCUGCUGGAGCACAGAUCCAUCAGUCUCUGCUCUGUAACAAUGCUGAGGUCAAGGAACAAGUGAUACUGAAGCCACGCUGUGUCCUCACUUCCCAGGUGGUAGUGGGCCCAGACAUCACACUGCCUGAGGGCUCGGUGAUCUCUUUGCACCCUCCAGAUGCAGAGGAUGAUGAGGAUGAUGGCCAGUUCAGUGAUGACUCUGGGGCCAACCAAGAAAAGGGGAAGGUGAAGCUGAAAGGUUACAAUCCAGCAGAAGUUGGAGUUGCAGGCCAGGGCUACCUCUGGAAGGCUGCAGACUUGAACAUGGAGGAGGAGGAGGAACUACGGCAGAAUGUGUGGGGACUCACAAUCAAUGUGGAAGAAGAGAGUGAAAGUGAAAGUGAGCGAAGUAUGGAUUCAGAGGAACUGGACAGCCGGGCAGGCUCCCCUCAGAUGGAUGACAUCAAAGUGUUCCAGAAUGAAGUCCUGGGAACACUACAGCGGGGCAAAGAGGAGAACAUUUCUUGUGACAAUCUAGUGCUGGAGAUCAACUCUCUCAAGUAUGCCUACAACAUAAGCCUAAAGGAGGUGAUGGAGGUACUGAGCCACGUUGUCUUGGAGUUUCCCCUGCAACAAAUGGAUUCCCCACUUGACCCAAACCGCUACUGUGCCCUGCUGCUUCCUCUGCUCAAGGCCUGGAGCCCUGUUUUUAGGAACUACAUAAAGCGUGCAGCCGACCACUUGGAAGCCUUGGCAGCCAUUGAGGACUUCUUCCUGGAGCAUGAAGCUCUUGGUACUUCCCUGGCCAAGGUACUGAUGGCUUUCUACCAGCUGGAGAUCCUGGCUGAGGAAACAAUCCUGAGCUGGUUCAGCCAAAGGGAUACAACUGACAAGGGCCGGCUGUUGCGCAAGAAUCAACCACUGCAGAGGUUCAUCCAGUGGCUAAAAGAGGCAGAAGAGGAGUCAUCUGAAGAUGACUGAAGCACUGCCUGCUCCUGUGGGUGUGAUUGAUUGUCCUUCUAGCUCCUCGGCCCAGGCAAGUGAGGAGCUAGUUGCGGAAGGAUGAGUAACCACCAUGCAGGCUGAGACUUAGGAACAGAGGCUAGAACUACAGUAUUCUAUUCUUCCUACCGCCAGCAACCAUGUGCCUCCUAUCCUGACUGAAGAGUUGGGAUGAGGGAAGUUGGACUGGAACAAAGCUUCUGCCUAGGAAAGAGCUAGGCAGACCCUGCAGUUGGAGGAAGGCCAGAGGAACAGCUUUGUGCUCCGGCUUUCCCUCAGGGAACAGCAGAGAGCAGCUGGCCCUCUCUGCUGCUUGUAUUUGUUAAUAUUAAAAAAGAGAGAGAGGUGUA